AUGUUCCCUCGGAUGAACUUCGGCGUCAAACGUUUCACGAGGCGAGAAUUGGAGGCAAUGAAGUGUUUCCUCCUCAAUCCGGAGGUUGUAUCGCUCUCUGGUGGAAAUGGAAGAAUUGUUAUCGAAUGGCAAGGAGACAACUGCUGUGUUUUGUUCCCAUUAUAUCGCAAGGCCGCUGGAGUUCCCAGGGCGGGUAUUCCCAAUGCUAAACCUGCACAACAGGUUGGUGUGUUAGCCAUCAGUUCUCUCAGUGUUGUUGUACACCCUGGAAAAAUGAUAAUGGCCGAGAUGAGGAGGCUGGUGUUCUCUGCCUUGGUUCUCCUGCUGCUUGCGUCCUCCGCCGUGGCGCAGGGCAACCCACUCAAUUUCAUGACCGGAGAUGACCGCCUGUUGUUCACGCACAUCCGCGGGUCGCAAUCCCCUUCCAUCCACAGUCGCAUUUCCCCUUCAAUUUCUCCGGCGACUGUGAACUGUAACACUCCGGAGGGAGAGAAAGGCACUUGCAGUCUCGUGAGCCAGUGUCCGCCCUACAAGCCCCUGGUCGCCGACGUCUCCAAUCCGGACAUCUUGGCGUUCUUCAAGGAGCGAAUAUGCAUAUUCGGACAAACCUUCGUUCUCCUCUGUUGUCCCGACCAGGCAGGCCCCUCCACCCCUGCCCCCACUGAGUCUCCGAGACGCCCUCUAGUUAUCUCUGGCAACGCGCAAGCUACGUCGUCGUUCCCAGUUCGAGUGCCACCCCAAGGCGGACAGACCCUGGGGCUUCCUCAGAGCUCCGUCCAGAGUUCUCAAAGUCCCGGUUCGUCGCCGUCUCAGAGCCGGCCGAACCGCCCGCCGACGAAUCGCCCCGGGCCGCCCAUUUUAGACACCCCACCUCCCGCAAGGGGUCCUGGACAAGCGGAUCUCAGUCUGCCUGGUCCACCCUCGCGCCCCCCUAGUAACGCGGGCUUCGGUGGCCAGGGCGGGGCGAGUUUCCCUUCCUUGCAACCUCCUCGACCUCAGCGACCAAACUUUCCUUCUUUGCAACCCCCUCCACCUCAACCGAACUUUCCUUCCUCACAGCCUCAACCUGCUCAAACCCAGCAACCAAGUUUCCCUUCCCUGCAACCCCAGCAUCCAAAUUUCCCUUCCCUGCAACCCCAGCAACCAAGUUUCCCUUCCCAGCAACCAAAUUUCCCAUCCCAGCAACCAAGUUUCCCUUCCCAGCAACCCCAGCAACCAAAUUUCCCUUCCCAGCAACCCCAGCAACCAAACUUCCCUUCCCAGCAACCUCAGCAACCGACCGUCGCCCAGGACUCGGCUCCGGGGAAGAUUGACAUCCCUUCAGAGGAGGAAUGUGGCUUCCUGUUCUCCAGCACGAGGAACACGGUCGGGAGGGACGAGUCCAAGUGGAGGCCGUGGCUCGUGGCGCUCGGGCAGAAGAAGGGAAGCGCCUUCGAAAUCACGUGCGGUGGCGCCCUCGUCACCAGCCGCCACGUCCUGAUAGCGGCCCACUGCAUGGCCUCGCCGCGCCUGCCCAAACCGACUCACGUGCGAUUGGGAAACCCUCAUUCAGCGGGAAACAGCGACGGGUCUCUGCCGCUGGACUUGGCUAUUGCGAAGUUCGUGGACGCGGGAUACGACCUCAAGAAUUUGGGGAACGACGUCGGAGUCAUCACUCUCGAACGCGCCGCGCCACUCAGUGACAUGAUUCGGCCCGUGUGUCUGCCGUACAGGUUCAUGUUCGACGGAUUCCGGUACCAGGAAGUGGACGUCACCGGUUGGAGUCAGUCGGCCACGAGCCCUCAAAAAGUCGACGAACCAGCGCAAAUAGCGAUCUCCCGAGCCAGCGUGGUUGGCCUGGGAGUCUGCGAGAGGACCUACCUGAAGGAGGUGGAGAGCCUGACGCUGACCAACCAGCAAAUGUGCGCCGUGGUAGAGGAGGAUCAGCCGUGUCUGAACGACAACGGCGCCCCCGUGACGUACCUCGAUGACGUCACGACCAACAAGCACUUCCUGGUGGGUCUGACCUCCUUCGGCUUCGGGUGCAAGCAGCCCUUCUCCCCGGGCGUGUACAUCAGGGUGGGCGCGUUCCUCGAGUGGAUUGAGGAGAAUAUAAAGUAAAUGGGAUAAAGGAGGGAAGGAGGGAAGUCGAAAGAAGAGAGAGAGAGAGAGAGAGAGAGAGAGAGAGAGAGAGAGAGAGAGAGAGAGAGAGAGAGAGAGAGAGAGAGAGAGAGAGAAAGAGAGAGAGAGAGAGAGAAAGAGAGAGAGAGAGAGAGAAAGAGAGAGAAAGAGAGUCGGGAAAAGGGAGAGAGAACUCGAAGAAAGUGGAGAGGAGAAUUACAUGAUGGAGGAAGGAGGAAAGGAAGAAAGGGAGAAGAAAAAAAUCAAGAAACGAAAGGGAAGAAGAACGUGGAUUAACAUUUAUAUAUAUAUAUAUAUAUAUAUAUAUAUAUAUAUAUAUAUAUAUAUAUAUAUAUAUAAGCAAAAACAAAGAAACGCGCGAAUAAAGAUGGUAUGAAACGCGGCCAGAAGAGCAAAGGAGUAUUCAUUCGAGUAAGCCACUCCGUAUUUGCGUCUGACGAGGAGCUUGGUUCGACUCGAAACGUCCUUUAUUAAUCCUCCGUUAUCUUAAUUAUUUCUUUUUAUAAAUAGUUAUGAUAUUUAUUUACGUUAAACAAUUAUUUAGUACUCAUAGAAUAGGAAAAUAAAACAUAACAAGUAAUAUGAGAUAAACAGGUACCAUAUUUAUUGAUUUUUUUCCCCUAAUCAUUUCUGUUUGUUUGUUUAUGUUAUUACUGUAUCUUCUCGAAAAUAAAAGUAUAUAUGGCUGA